AUGACGAUAACGAGAUUUUUCAAGGCUAUUCCAACUCCUCCAAGUUCUGGUACUAGCUCUCCUUUGCCAAGUACUUCUCCAUGUCUAAUUAUUCAUGAUAAUAUUAAGCCUUCAACAGAAUUAAACAAAGAUGAAAUAUUGAAUUUGGAUCUUAAACCUGAUUUUGUUGAAAGAAAGCAAAUCUCAGAAUAUUCUCUUAAUCUACGUGACCGAGUGAGGAGAGAUGAUGAAUUAAAAAAAGUUGUGUUAGAAAAAGCUCCACGGAAUAAUAUGAUGAUCGCUCCAAAUAUCCAAAAAGAGAUUGUGAAUGCUUGUGCAAAAGAAACAAUGAAAGCAAUUAUUGAAGAGAUGAAUGGAGAUUAUUUCGGAAUAUUGGUUGAUGAAUCUAAAGAUGUCUCUCAUAAGGAACAAAUGGCUAUUGCAAUCUAUUCUUUGCUUUUAAAGCAUUCAUUAAGUCGGUCACAAAUACGGGGACAAGGUUAUGAUGGAGUUAGUAAUAUACAAGGAGAAAUUAAUGGGCUUAAGACGUUAAUCUUGAAAGAUACUCCUUCAGCUUAUUGCGUACAUUGCUUUGCUCAUCAAUUGCAAUUGACUUUUGUAGCUGUUGCAAAGAAACAUUAUGAUGUGGAUCAAUUUUCUGAUAUUGUUGCUAAUGUCUUGAAUAAUAUUAGAAGUUCUUUUAAGCACAGGGAGAUGCUCCGAGAGGAUCAAGCACAAAAACUAGAAGAAUUGCUUAUGCUUGGUGAAGUUGAUACGGGAAGUGGACAAAAUCAAGAAUUUGGACUUCAAAGGCCAGGAGAUACCCGUUGGGGAUCUCAUUUUAAGAUAGUGCAUAACUUUAUUCUUUCAGAACUUAAUAGUCAUUUUGAUGCAGUGAAUAGUGAUCUACUUCUUGGUAUGACUAGUUUAAGUCCGCAUAAUUAUUUUAUAAAUUAUGAUAAAGAAAGAAUUAUGAAGCUUGCUAAACUUUAUCCUCAUGAGUAUGGUAUUUCCAAGCUUGAAGAUCUUAGCUACGAGCUUGACAGCUAUAUUCAUUAUGUAAGAGAAGACCGUGAUUUCUCUAACUUGAAAGGGCUUGGAGAUCUUUCAGAAAUACUAGUUGAAACAUAG